AGGAGGAGGGCGGGGUGACCUGGCGCGGCCGGGACUUUGCAGCCAUUUAACCAGUCCUGACGACUGCGCUGGCCUCGCUUGCCUACUCGUAGGAGGGUGAAGCGUUUCUUUCUGGGACCUAAGCAAAGGCAUCCACGCAGCUGCUAAGCUGAAGUUGAGCCCCACACGUCGCCGAAGAUGCCAGCACCCAUACCAGAACCAAAGCCUGGAGACCUGAUUGAGAUUUUCCGUCCUGUGUACAGACACUGGGCCAUCUAUGUCGGUGAUGGAUAUGUGAUCCACCUGGCUCCCCCAAGUGAAUUUGCAGGAGCCGGGGCAGCCAGCAUCAUGUCUGCUUUGACCGACAAGGCCAUAGUGAAGAAAGAACUGCUGUACGACGUGGUCGGGAGGGACAAGUACCAGGUCAAUAACAAACAUGACAGCGAAUACACCCCACUGCCUCUAAACAAGAUCAUCCAGCGGGCUGAGGAGCUGGUGGGGCAGGAGGUUCUCUACAAGCUGACCAGUGAGAACUGUGAGCACUUUGUGAAUGAACUACGCUAUGGAGUUGCCCGCAGUGACCAGGUCAGAGAAGCUGUCAAGAUGGCAGGCAUUGCUGGAGUGGGCUUGGCAGCCUUGGGCCUCAUUGGAGUCAUGUUCUCCAGAAACAAGAAACAGAAGCAAUGAGUUGAAUGAGCACCCGGCCUUAGGGGCUCAUUCUUUUGCUAGAAGCUUUGAAGUUUGACUCCUAGAUUCUACUGUUUUAUAAUAAGGCUUAUUUUCACAGCACACAAUAAAGCACAGAAGGGAAUUGUAUUGGC